AUGUCGGAUACUACUGAGAACCCGGGCAACUAUGCCACUGUCGAGCCCACAAACUCACCUCCUCGGUCGCUCUCACCAAUCAACGAGCGCGAUGAGGCUGCUCCAAUUGGCAAACCUGCCGCGGACGGUAAAGAGACUGUUGCCUCCUUUCACAAGGAUGCAGACCUUGUCAUCAAGGUCACCUCCAAGUCAGACGACGUCAAAUACAAGGUCAUCUGGUCCAAUGUUGCAGCCGCUUCCGAUGCUUUCGCUCGUCUUCUGCUCGAGGUCAAUGUCCAAAACAAGGAUAAUAGUACCAGCCGCGUCGUUCAAGUGCCCGACAAUGCAACCGCUUUCCGUGUUUUGAUGAAUAUCGUUCACUACAACUUCAAGGAGGUUCCUAAGCAGCCCACAGUCGAUGAGCUUUUCGAAAUUUGCAUUCUUGUGUCCAAAUACGACUGUAUCCACCUAGUUCAGCCCUGGGCUGAAUCUUGGGCCCACGUUCUGGCUGACUUCACUACUGGUGCAGACGUCGCGAUCAAGAACUACAAGGUCCUUUGGGUUGCCUGGGUCUUGGGCUGUGCCCGUCCUUUCCGCGAGAUGGCCGAUUCGCUCAUCCUUACUAGCAAGGUUGACGAGAACGGAAGCCUUAUCCACGUCGGCGGCGAACAAGUUAAGACUCUUGUCUUGCCCUAUGGCCUGCUCGAUGGUAUUGACCACGUUCGAUCAAUUAUCAUGCAAGCCAUCCUCGACGAGAUCCGUAAACCGCUGCACGACAUGUCCAAGUACUGCAAAGUCAGCACAGACAGUGGCGCAUGUGGCAAGAUGAUGUUCGGCUCAGUCUGCCAGACGCUGUUGCGUGCUAGCCUCCUCCCAGUCCCCGAUGCCAAAGAGUAUACCAACAGCAUCACCACCCUCAAGGAUAUUGUGUAUAGCAUAAUCUACGAACCCUACAUCGGUAAGGAUCAUGCACCUCACAAAGCCCACACCGGAUGCAACCUAGGGCUUAAGGGCGCUGUGGAAGUCAUCCUGCGCGCUAUGGGAAGCCCUGUUCAGACCAUGCAUCUGAGACACCUGGCCCAACAGGCACAGAUCACCGGUGUCGACAAUGGCAACGCCUUUAUUGGACUAGGAAGCAAGCUUAGUGCCUCUGCUCCUGAGUUCAAGCCCGCAGGCACGUCUGGCAGCGGGGGUUCGGAAUCAGCCGUGAAGACGGAGGAUCUGGAGGACGAUUCGCAUAGCAACAGUGUUAAGGAGGAAGAGUCAGAGAAGUCGACCAGCACCCAAGAGGCCACAAAUACCGGCGGGGCGGCACCAGAGAACCAGAACCAUCAUGGUGAGGAGACCGCCAAGGCCCAGAGGCUCAAUGGCGAGGAGACUAGCAAGAAGGACGUAGCGGUCAAGAUUGAGGACUUGGAGGAGGAGGUAGCCGUUAAGAUUGAGGACUCUGAGGAAGAGGCUUGA